AUGGCAGUCCGUCAGUUCCUUAAGGCCACUCAACUGGCCAAGAAGAUUCGCGAGCUGCAGAAAGAAGAGACUGAGGUCACUCGCCAGCACGGAUUCUUCAUCCUCAUGGGUGGCUUCCACCUCUUUGAACAGCGCCAAUCCCUGUCGCCGAAUAAGAAUGGAGAGAAAGACGGGGAAGGCGCUCACUUAUUGGCCAAGGAAUCUGCGGUAGAAGCGGGAGAUGGUCGACGCGUCCAUGCACCGAGCGACAGGAGGAUCAAGCUAGUUGAAGAUAUUGGAAGUCCUUUGCAUCCUCUCGAUGAAUUCGACGUCAUUCGUCUUAUUGAAGCCGGCAAACUUUGCCUUCCUCCUUCUGUCGAGCUGGCGGACAAGUGCAAGAGCGACGGACUCGCAAAGUUCCUUGUCGUGGCCCAAACGCUCUGGUUCAUUGCACAAUGUAUUGCAAGAAAAGUCAGCAAACUGCCGCUCACUGAGCUCGAAGUCAUUACGCUCGGCCAUACUCUGCUGACGGUGGCGAUCUACAUUGCAUGGUGGGACAAGCCAUAUCGUGUGACAUUCCCUAUGCGUGUGUAUGAAACACUCCCAGAACGUACAAAAGAGCAAGAGGAGGCGAAGGCGGAGAUGGAAGAUGCCAACUUUUGGGUGAUGGCUUUUAUGUAUGCCGUGGGCGCUCAGGGUGAAUACAUCGACCUACGGAGUGUGAAGCGAGUUGGAAUGUUUUACCCUGGGUACAAUAAAGGGGAAGGGUGGACUGACAGCGAUUUCGGCGGCCUUCUGACCACGAUCAUUGUUGGGACAGUGUUUGGUGCUGUCCAUUUUCUUGCGUGGUCCUCGCCAUUUCCAUCCACUCAUACGCAAUUCCUCUGGCAAUUUGCGACGAUUGUCAUGACUACAGUCCCACCUGCUGCACUCGUACUGUUCCUCUUCGGUGGACUAAUGGCCGAGUAUGUGUCCGAGAUUCUGGGUGGCUUGAUGAUGCUCUCCCUAGCGCUAGUACCGCCCCUCUACUUUGUUGGAAGAGGCAUAACAAUUGUGCUCGCAUUCGUGACGCUGGCGGCGCUCCCACUCGACGCAUAUCGAGACGUGGCGUGGUCAGACUUCUUCCCCCACAUUUGA